AUGUCUGCGCAAGAGGCUGUCACGCCGCGCUACUCAAGUGACUCUUCGGAGCCCAACUGCCAGAAGUGGCCAGGAAAGAGAUGUGAAUGCGCCGCCAACUGUGCGGUCAUCCUCCUGAUCGUGAGCAGUAUGGUCCUGCUUGCCGCGGAGGCGGACUCCUCGCACGAUGUUCCGGACGACUUUGUGUGGGCGAAUCUGGUCGUGUCCAUUCUCUUCACCCUCGAGCUGAUUGUCAGGCUGGUCAGGCCAUGCUGCGAGUGUCGGUGCCCAGACAUGCUCUGGUUCAUGGACCUGGUGGUGAUCUGCACGCAGGGAAUAGAUGUUCUCGUCACGUUGAGAGCUCGUGAGGCUAAGAGCGAGAAUCAUGCCACGGCCGACCUGCGCCGCAUCGCCCAGAACCUGCGCUGGUGUCGCAUCGUGCGCUGCCUGCGGGUCAUCCCCCUCUUCACAACCAUGAAGGUGCAGAUGGACCGCUUCAACGGGGCCCUGUGGCCUCUAGUGUUCUAUCUCCUCGUGCUGGUCUUAUCCAUCACCACUGUCGCCACUAUGACAAGGGCGGUGGUUGGAGAGGCUUGUUCGGACGUGGAGUCCUGCGGGGAGCACUUCGAAUCGAUUUGGGAGAGCAUGUACAACGUCUUCAUGGGAACUUUCGGGGGCCUUGACUUUUAUGACCUAGUCACGCCACUUUGGGACGUCAGUGGCGCGGCCUGCGUCAUCCUGUGUCUGUACAUGUUCCUGAUCUAUUUGGUGAAGACGGUGUUGACGGCUCACCUGUGUCAAAAAUUUGUGGAGACAGCCAGUGCAGAUCAGGUGGAAGAGCGACGUGAACAACUCUGGAACAAGAUAACAGGUGGGAGUGAUAGCAUCAGCCUGGACCUGUUCAAGAAGGCCCUCGAAGAUCGCAGGAGCUGUCCGAGCAGCUUGGCACUUCGACGGAGGACGUCCGCAAGGGAGCUCACCAUCUCUUAA